AUGGAUCUCUACCACAGUCCAAGCCUGGUGCUGGAAACGCAAAGGGUAUCGGCAUCUCGGCAUCGCAGUUUCGGCUUGGACAUGUGGCACAGCGUACUUAGCCAUGGAGAGUGUGUGUCUGAGGGAAACCUCUCGGAUGUCGACCACCUUGCUGGGAUGUUGGAACUGCAGGCCUUCCUGCAAGCAUCUUACCCUGAACCUGACCAGCGCAAGCGAGACGCUGCAAGCUGCAAGCUUGAAUGGUCUCCCAAAAUCUCCCGUGAAAUCCCAUUCCAACUCUGCAAGAGUCACGCCUUGUUUCGGUCGGACCGAAACCCAAAGGCAUCCAUGGAAAUUUCUGGCUUUCCGAAGAUCGCCAGCCUCGACUACUACGCUCCUUCUGGUGAGGCCAUGUUGUCAUAUACAGACGAUAUCGAUAUAACAUUCCCCAUGGGAGCUUUCAACCAAAACACAAACGACACCAUGGACUCCUACUUCAACGCCGACAACACGUUCGACAGAUCACUGACAUCCGACGACAUGUCUUCGAAUUACCAGAGGAAACAGCAAGAUACCUUCAACCCCACAUUGCCAGCGACGGGAAUCUCAGCCACCAACAAUCCCCCAGACCAACAACAAAUGUUCAACUCGCCGACCUUUGGACAGUUCAACCAAUAUCCCUUUGGCUUCGCCUAUGACCCCAGCUCAAUGGAGUCAACCGACUCAAACUACUUUUCGCCACAAACUCACGCAACCUCGAGAACACCAUCACUGUGCGGAGACGCGCCACAAGAAGCCUACUCUCCCACCCUCUCUCCAACCGUGAAGAAAGAAGAGUCGCCAGGCUCGCCCGCCUCCCUGUCCGAAGACAAUACGCCAAAACGGCCGCUACGAAAGCGAGGCAGACCACGCCUGGAACAUAGCAGCACCGAAUCCAAAUCCACGACGCCCUCCUCCAAAGGCCAGCGUUCAGUCCGACUUCCGCACAACCAAGUCGAGCGCAAGUACCGCGAAGGCCUCAACUCGGAGCUCGAGCGGUUGCGAAAAGCGGUGCCCACGCUGCCGCAGAGUGACGAAGGAGGGGUCAUGGGCCAGCCCAAGCCCAGCAAGGCCAUGGUGCUCUCUAGCGCCAUUGAGUACAUCAAGAAGAUUGAGAGUGAGAGGGAUACGCUGAGAGAAGAGAAUGAGCGGCUCAAACAAGGUCAGGGGAGUAGGUCAAGAAGCGGAGGACAGUCAGGCCAGGCAGGCUCAGGGCAGAAUCAGAAUUGGAGAGAAGACCGAUCACUCGACGAAUUUCUCAUGGAUCCUUAG